GUUUAGGCUCUCAAAGGUGCCAGAAGCAGGAAGACAUGAAAGAAAGAGAGAGAAAAAGAUUUAUGCUCUGUAGCUAAAAGAUUUCUUUUUUUGCCUCUAAUUCUCAUAGUUCAGCUGCAAUACUUUUGAUUUUUAACACACAUAUACUAUUUCUGCAUAAAAAUCAGGCGAUCAUGAAACUUGAGGUGCCAGAGUCCUUUGAGGAUGUUGCAAUUACUUUUUCAAGAGAAGAAUGGAAGAUGUUAAGUAAACAGGAGAGGAUGCUUCACAGGGAGAUGAUGGUACAGAAUUAUGAAAACAUGCUGUCACUAGGAUAUAAUGUUCCAAUGGAGCAGCUAUUGUUGCUGUUUGACCAGGAUGAAGAAGAGUCACCUGCAGAGGUGGAUGAUGAUGAAGAGUCACCAGUAGAGGUGGAAGGUGAUGAAGAGUCACUAGCAGAAGUGGAAGGUGAUGAAGAGUCCUCUGCAGAGGUGGAGGAAUGUGAAGAUGCACAACAGAUGGAUCAGCUUGGGGUAGUCUCCAGCAUUAGCAGGGCAUUUGAUAACAGUGAAAGUGAGGACCGGUAUGAGGCUGCCAAGAUGAUCCACGUAACAGAAGAAAAACCUUCAUAUUUUCAAACUAGCAGGACUUCCAGUGACCAACAGAUGAUAACAGUAAAGCAGGUUAAAGAAGAGCAGUAUUUUGAUGAUACCAAAAAUGAAAUAUAUUUAAGGAAAUUAAAUGCAUUGGAGUUUGAUGAUAAAAGUUCAGUUCAGCUGCAUGGACCCAUUCAUCAGUUCCAGGAGUUAAAUAAAUAUAUACUGUUUGAAAAGAAGCGUAUGCUGUUAAUAAAUCAAGAAAUUAGUGCUGUAGAAAAACCAUACAGAUGUGAACAGUGUGACAAGAGUUUUGGCUACAAGAGAAACCUAGUGCGACAUCAGAAGUGUCAUUCUACAGAAGGGCAGUGUGACUCUGGUGUACAUGGCAGUGAACAUUUGACUAACAGUAACUUGAAAAACAAUCAGUUAAUUUUUUCAAGGGACCAGCCGUAUACAUGUGAUGAAUGUGGCAUGGGCUUUUCUUGGAAGGGUGCUUUAGCACUCCAUCAGCAGAUGCACUUAGGUGGGGGCCCAUAUAAGUGCGUUGAAUGUAACAAGAGUUUCCUUCACAAGUGUAGCCUGAAACGGCAUCAGAGAAUUCACUUUGUUUCAUUUGGAGAUAUUAAACCUAAAGACGAGAGAUCAUACAAGUGUCUUGUAUGUGGCAAGUGCUUUGUCUGGAAGAGUGGCUUAGCAGUCCACCUACGCAUUCACUCUGGGGACAGACCACAUAAAUGCUUUGAAUGUGGAAAAUGUUUUUACCAUAGCAGUAAUCUGAUAAGGCAUCAGCAAAUUCAUGCUGGUAAACAUUUCAAAAUGUUAGAUAUGAAAGAACAACCAUAUAAAUGUGAUGAAUGCAACAUACAGUUUUCAUGCAAGAAAAAAAUGGUAAUGCAUUUGGAGAUUCACUCAAGAGAGAGGCCAUAUAAAUGUAUUGUGUGCAAUAAGACUUUUGCCAAAAAGUAUAUUUUUUUAUCUCAUCUGGAAACACAUACGGGAGAGAAGCCACAUAAAUGUGCUCAGUGUGGCAAGAGCUUUACUAGGAAAAGUUAUCUAAAAGUUCAUCAGCGAUUGCAUACGAGAGAGAGACCGUAUAAAUGCUAUGACUGUGGCAAAAGUUUUAAUGUAAAAUAUGGCUUAAUAUCCCAUUUAAGAGUUCACGGUGGUAAUCAAACCCAGAACAGAGAAUAUCUGUAUAAUGAGAAAUUAGAGGGUAUAAACUGGGAAAAAGCAUAUAAAUGUACUGAAUGUGGCAAAAGUUUUGUCUGGAAAAAAAAUAUGCUAGCACAUCAGCGGGCUCAUUCUGGACAAGGCCCAUAUAAAUGUACUGUUUGUGAUAAAAGUUUUUCUUGGAAGUGUAGCCUGCAAGUACAUCAUCGAAGUCAUUUGUGUGAGAGGCAGUAUAAACUAACAAAGUAUGAUGAUCCCAUCUUAAAGGAGCAUCAGAAAGUUAAUUCUGGUACAUAUGAAAACAUCACACCAAAGGAAGAGAAACCAUAUAAGUGCCCUAUAUGUGGUAAGUGCUUUAUCUGGAAGAGCGGCUUUGUGGUACAUCAACGUAUUCAUUCUGGAGACAGACCAUAUGAAUGUGCUGAAUGCGGCAAGUGUUUUUAUCAAAGCAGUAACUUAAUAAGGCAUCGACGGACUCAUUCUAGAAAAAAUAUUGAAACAUUAAAUAACAGAGAGCUAGUGUUUACUUCUGCUGAAAGCAGUAAGUAUUUUCACAACAAAACAAACUUCACAAUAAAACAGCCAACACAUUCAAGAAAGAAGUCCUACAAGUGUGAAAAAUGCAGCAAGUGUUUUUGCUACAAGAAAAAUCUGAUAAUGCACCUGCGGACUCACUCAGAAGAGAGGCCUUACACAUGUCCUAUAUGCAACAAAUGUUUUGCUAAAAAUAGUAUUUUGGUAUCCCAUAUGAGAACACAUUCUGGAGAAAGGCCAUAUAAAUGUGGUGACUGUGACAAGGCUUUUACCCGGAAGAGUUAUCUAAAGGUUCAUCAGCGACUGCAUACUGGUGAGCGACCAUAUAAAUGUUUUGUCUGCAACAGAGGUUUUAAUGUGAAGUAUACUUUAAUGGUCCAUUUACGGGUUCACAAUGCAGAUAAAAGGAAGAACAGACCAUAUCAAUAUCGUGAUCAUCUGGAGAAUGAAAAAAUAAACCAGGACAGCCCAUACAGAUGCAUGGAAUGUGGCAAGAAUUUUGUUUGGAAAAAAAAUAUGCUAGCUCACCAACGAACUAAUGCUGUAAAAGGCCCACAUAAGUGUAGUGAAUGUGGCAUGAGUUUUUCUUGGAAGUGUAGCCUGAAAGUGCAUCAUGAAAGUCAUUUGGGUGAAAGGAAAUCUGAAGUUACUCAAGUUAACAAUUAUUUACCUCAGAGCAGUGCUCUGGAACAGCACCAGAAAAUUAAUUCUGAUACAUUAGAAGAUAUUAAAUGGAAGGAAGAGAAACCAUACAGAUGUCCUGUAUGUGGCAAGUGCUUUGCCUGGAAGAGUGGCUUAGUUGUGCAUCUGCGCAGUCAUUCUGGAGAGAGACCAUUUAAAUGCAUUGAAUGUGGCAAGAGUUUUCACCAAAGCAGUAACUUGAUAAGGCAUCGUCGAACUCAUUCCAGAGAAAAUAUUGAAACAUUAAAUAACACGGAUCAUGUGUCUAAAUCUGUUGAGAGUGCCAGGCAUUUACACCCUAAAGAAGAUCUAAGAAUACAUCAGCAGACUGAACCACGAAAUAAGCCACAUAAGUGUGAUAAAUGUAACUUGCAGUUUUGCUACAAGAAAAAUCUGAUAGUGCAUUUAAAAUUAUCUCAUUCUGAAGACAUGCUGUGUAAAAGUGUUUCAUAUGACAAAGGUUUGGUUAAACAAGGUAAUCUGAAAGCCCACCGAAGGAAGCUGUCUAGAAAGAAGUCACAUAAAUGUACUGAAUGUGGUAAGAAAUUUACUCGUAGCAGUUAUCUAAAGGUUCAUCAGAGACUGCAUUCUGGAGAACGACCUUACAAAUGCCAUCUGUGUGAAAAGUGUUUUGUUUGGAAGAGUGGCUUAGAAGUGCAUCAGCGAAUUCACUCCGGAGACAAACCUUAUAAAUGUGUCAAGUGUACCAGGAGUUUUUAUCAAAGAGGUAACUUGAUAAGACAUCUGCGGACUCAUUCUGGUGAAAUGCCAGAUGUAAAAGAACAGCCUUAUGAAAGUAAUGGAAGUAAUUUGCCCAGCAAAUAUUUUUUCCACAAACAAAUGAGCAGAGUGCCUCCGGUGGCCCCGCCCAGAGUAAAGCCAUAUAAAUGCGAUCAGUGUAACAAGUAUUUUCACCACAAGAAAAGUCUAAUAAUGCAUGCAAAUACACACUCUGGAGCAAAACCAUAUAAAUGUGAUGAAUGCAACAAAAGUUUUCCCCAUAAGAGUACCCUGAUAUCCCACCAGAGAACACACACUGGAGAGAGGCCAUAUAAAUGCACAGAGUGUGGUAGGUGUUUUACAUGGAAAAGUAAUUUGAAAGUUCAUGAGCGGCUGCAUUCUGGAGAGAGACCAUAUGAGUGUACUUACUGUGACAAAACUUUUAUUGUGAAACGUAGUUUAAUGCAUCAUCUACAAACACACACUUGAGAUCAAAACCAAUAUAAUGGUGAAUUUCUUAACAUUUUUAGCUGAGACACCAUGUUAAUUGCACUGGAUUGUACCAGAUGAUGUGUCUUCAGGGGAACAUGGUAUCAAAUUAGCAAACGUUAAACAAUGACCUUCUUAUGAACUGUUUGUGAAAAGAAUUUUUAGUCAGAAUGGUGUUAUACUACUACAGCAAUGACAUCAUUUCAGUGCGCCAAAGCGAAAAUAAUGUAGGACAGAGACACUUGGAUUGUUCAUGUAUUUUUCUAGACAACUGAACUAACAAACCAUUACUUUAAGACACAUUUAUAUAUGCCACCAAUGCUCAUUUCUAUGCAUCCAUUGUAAUGCCAAGGAUAAAACUCUAAAAAUUAAUGUUAAAAGCAGUACUGAUUUCUUUGACAUAAAAUCUGACCUGACUUAGGAUCGAUGUAUAUUUUUGACCAUGGUACUGAGAAAUCCUUGGACAUGUGGAAUAAAACAGUAGAGAUGAGAAUGCUAUUACGCCUGCACUGGGAAUUGUGUAAUGAAUAAUCUUAUUAUGCGGCAAAAAUUAAGAAGUAUCAAUUUCAUCACUUCAUUUAUAUGUACAGAUAUAACAUAUGAAUCUGGUUCAUUUGAGUUAUGAGCAUUUCAUGUUUUGAUGAACAUAAUAUGGUGAAUCGGAGGACAUACACAUUAUGCUGAGGCAAACAAACUCAAGUACAUCUCCAUCUACAGAAAAUAAUCUGAUUUUUUUGGCAGAAGGCAAUCUUCUCUACAGCAUUCAAAUUAGGCUAUACACUUCCAACCCUCACUACUUUUUAUAAUCAACUCUAAUAUCCCUGCACCACGUAGGAAGGAAAAUAAUUAGGUUUUCGUGGAAAUCCAGAGCAUUUUAUUUUAUCUGAACUGUUGUAAAUAUGUACAGAAUGAACUGUACUUUAGGGCAAUCUGUCUUGCACCCCAUCCAGUUUUACUAAGGUAUUAAAAUCUCUGAAUAUGUCAGUUAAAAUACAAACUGUAAGCCACAUUUGGAUUUCAGCUGUGACCACACAAAGUGCUAGACUACCUAAGAAAGACAAGAAAUGUUUCCUGCUUAGAACUUUAUAGAAAACAUUGUGUGGCACAGUUAUCCGUCUUAAAGCCCAAUGUAGAAACAAACCUACUUGAGAAGGAUUGUGUACAUAUUCACUGCUAUGGUUCUGCAUUAAUAUUUUGGCAUUCAUCGAUUCAGACGUAUUCCAGGAUCUGUGUAAUUAAGCUGUAGGCUGUACUUCCAUCCUUGGAUAAGGAGAAGUAUUCUUGGGAAAGCUGAGAUGUAUGUUAAUCUCAUUUGUAACUAAAAACAACCUGUUACAGAAUGUGUAAAAAGGGAACACAAUGUAAAGACAAAACAGCACAGAAGAAAUGAAGAAUGAGAAAGUUUACAGCUGCAUGAACAUCUGAGCAAGCUGAUCACUACUAGACACAUAAAUGGUGUGUUUAGUGAUGUAUUGAGAUGCUGAUAAUAGCAGUUUCAUUUACUAAAUUACAAUAGAAACAUUAAAAAAAUCUAUACCAAAAGCCAGUAAGGCAGUCUAGUGCAGGUCUUUAAUAUGGAGUGAAAAACAGUUUCAAAAUUGUGUAGUAGACUGCAUAAUACUCUUUAUAUGAAGAAACUGCAGGCUAUAAUGCACUAGUUGCAGAGAAGCAACAAAGAACAACAACAGAAAAAGAAUUAUACCAUGGAUAGUAAUAGCCAAAGUGAUAACUUUACACCAGGGUACUGAGAAGGUAUUGACAAAAAAAAAUAAUAAUAAAAAAAAUCACAAGAAUUGGAAAAAUGACAAAUUCAGUGUUGUAUUAGUCUAGCAACUGUCACUAGCAGCAAAAGCAUCGUACAUUAAGAAAAUAUGAAAACCAUGACAUGGAAGCAGAUUCAAAAUUAUCUGAAGUUGGUGAUAAAUAAUUUUGGUAUCGUUGUACCAGUACAUGUGACCCCCCCCCCCCCUUUAAGGCCACUAAAGUUAAACCAUAAGUGAUGAGAAGAGUAACCUCUGCAAAAAUAAAUGAAAGAAAUAAAUAUUAUAUACUGAAUGCAGAGUAUGUUCCAAUGGAAGACUGGUUCUGCUUUCAUAGUAGCAUUAAAGAUUAAAUUCACUGAGGAUUUGUAAGUAUUGACUGUACCGGUAUGCUUAGUUUGUUCUACUGCAAACAUUGUGAUAUGCAAAUAGCAGACAAACAUGAAAUGCUGAACUGAGGAUGUCCCUUCUGAAACUCCAUACCUGAAAUUUUCAUAUAUAGGCUCAUGACAUGUGCAUGCACUGCAGGUCUAAAGUGUGACUCUUGGCUAAUUCUUGCUUAACAAAACUGUUAGUACAAAGGUGCCAAGUCGUAAGGUACUACCUAACUGGCAUUACUCUUCCUGACUAGUCACCAGAGGAGUCAUGCUUUAGCCAGCCAACCACUGUAGAAUGGCAAGUAUAAAUGGAAUAGUGGACAAGAACUGUGCUGUCCUCGUUGCUGAGCACUGACAAAAGCUUCAAGUGAAAAACAGAAGAAAAGUAACAAAAUGCUGCACUUGCAUACAUACAGAUACAUAAAAUUCAUUACUUCAUCGAUAAUGUUCAUUACACAACAGUAUAAUCAUGCAAUAAUACUUUGAAAUUUAAACACAAAAGCAUCAGUUUCUUUAUCCUCAUGCCUUAUUCUUGUAGGAGGGUCAACUUAUCCCAAAAAAUUGAAAUUGAUUACCGGUCACUGUUAGACUCGGAACCAGUUACUGUAAUUUCAAGAGAGAUCUUAAUAACUGAAUCAAGAAUGUAACUUUUAACCCAAAUUUCACCAAGUCAGUAUUUUUUGAAUGGCCUUUGACCUGUAAUACUGGAUAAUAACUUAUAAACGUGCAGAAAUUACAUUAAUGUUUUCAGAUGAACUUUGUUCCUUGCAUCCUUCCGUACUGUAUUCAGUUUGCUUUAUACACUGAAUACAGACUUACAGGAAGUGUAACCCCUCCUUCCCUCCUUGUUGUGUUCAGCAUGAAGAGGUGAAUGAGGCGUCAGAACAGAAUAUGGUAAGAGAGUGUCAGAAGGGGUGCUGUAGUUAAUGUGGAUUAACUCCUUGACUGUUUCCGAAUGGGAAUGUCAGAGGUUAGAAAGAUGUCAGAGACACGGGUAAGUGAGAAUGAGCUGGAUUUAUGGUAGAAAACCUAACAGAAUCGUUUCCAUGCUUUUUAAUAGUACAUAUGCACCUCAUACCAGUGUAAGAAGUUAUCUGAUUUGAGGUGCAAGUAUGAGCAUCCCUACAGUUUCAGAAUACAUACCGUGGUUUCACUGUGUGGAUUGUGCAACGACUUACCACACCUUUGGCUUUCCAUGUCACAAUGUACAGAUGUACAUGGGUGGUGUGAUUACAGAGCUUCUGUCCUUUUGCCCCACACUAAUGUGCAUACCUGUGUACUAGGCAAAAGUUCUUGUACCGAUAAGACAGAACCUGUACAUGCAGAGAUAACAUAACAUUUCCUUUUAAGUGUCAGCUUAUAACAAAGUAAGAGGUGUGUAAGCAACUUAUGAGAGCUUUUUUUUUUUAGAUGAUUUAUUGCACCUUACAAAUAAGAAUGUUACGUUAUCAACAAGAUUCAUGGCAUUCAUGCAAACAGUAUGUGUGAUACAGAGGGCCAGAGUUUCAAAGCUUCAUCAGCAAACCUGGUGUCAUUAUUGUGGGAUGUCAUUAAUAACAUUUUGCAUAACAGAAAGAUUAGAAUAAAUCACACUUAACCAAACUGU